AUGGUUAACACUGGUGGUAAUGCAAUCACAGAGCACACCAUUGCCCACUGGGAAAAAGGAAAGAGAAGGGAGGAGAUAAGACACAAGGACAUGGAAAAUGUCAUUAUUUUGAGUGCAUACAAUGAACACGGUGGCCUGUGGCACAGCAAUAUCAUUGAGAUGAACUUAAUAAGCAGCUUUGUACCGUUUCUUCCUCUGGAGAGAAAACAUGUCAAGAUGUGCAUUAGGGAUGACCUGAAAGCUAAAAAUAUUUCAGAUGAAAAAAUUACAGAGGAAAUUCUCAGCAAAGUAGCAGAUGAGCUGCAGUACCACCCUCCCAGUAAACAACUUUUUUCAAAGUCUGGAUGCAAAAGAGUGUCUCAAAAAGUUGACUUGAUUUUGGAGGAUUUUGACAAUGAUUGAACCUUACUUCAAUGUGUUUUUUUUUUUCAAAGUUGUUUAGUAUUUAUUUUUGCUUGUCCAGGGGUCUUUGCGGAAAUGGUGUCUGCGGUUUUGCUUUUCCAGGAAUCGUGUUAA